UUAUAUCAAAAGAACAAAUUUCUUCAAGAGUAAAUUGUCUCUAUUUUAUUAGAAUUGAUAUAUUAGGAGACUCAGGAAGGGAAAAGAAUCGACAAGUUUCAACGUAUUGGCUUUUGCAGUCUGACUCAUGCCUUGCUUACUCACAGUCGCCUGCCAUUUCUGAACACGGUGUCCAGACACUUAAAAGACCUCUGGCUCAUGGCCAACCUCCUGAAAUCUCCUCUUCUAAGCCAAUAUCACUCGUUUCGAUGUAUCUAUUAAGAGGUCAUGGUACAUACAUGGAAGAUGAGAAACUCAUUGCGUCAGUUGCCGGGGCUGUAGAAAGAGUGAAUAAAUUGAUAUGUGUCAAGCCGCUUCAAACAAGGUACAAUGGAGAAGUUGGGGAUGUCGUUGUGGGCAGAAUCACAGAGGUACAGCAGAAGCGAUGGAAAGUGGAGACCAAUGCCAGACUGGACUCUGUACUGCUUCUCUCAUCUGUUAAUCUUCCUGGUGGUGAACUGAGAAGAAGGUCUGCUGAGGACGAACUGAUGAUGAGAGACUACCUGCAAGAGGGAGACCUGAUCAGUGCAGAGGUACAGGCUGUGUUUGCAGAUGGUGCUCUGUCCUUGCACACUAGGAGUCUGAAGUAUGGCAAGUUGGGCCAGGGGACGCUAGUCCAGGUCUCCCCUUCACUUGUAAAACGUCGAAAGACUCACUUUCACAACCUGCCAUGUGGAGCUGCCAUCAUCCUUGGAAAUAACGGUUACAUCUGGAUUUAUCCAAUCUCUGAACAGAAGGACGAUGAGGCGGGAGGAUUUGUGACUAAUUUGGAGCCAGUUCCUUUAUCAGACAGAGAGGUGAUCUCACGACUUCGCAACUGCAUCAUUGCCCUGAACGUUCACAAGAUGCUGCUGUAUGAUACCAGUGUUCUGUAUUGUUAUGAGGCUUCACUGCAUCAACAGAUUAAAGAUAUUCUGAAGCCAGAAAUAAUGGAAGAAAUAGUGAUUGAGACAAGACAACGUCUAAUCGAUCAGGAAGGAUAAUGUGAAGCACGGGCUUUUUUUAUUUUCCCUGUAAUAUAUUUCAAAUUAAACUUUACAAUAAA